GUAGUGUUUUUUGCCUCACAGUCAGGUGUCCACAAAUGGUCAAUGAUUCUGUGAACUGUGUCAAGGUAGAGAAUCCUGUCAACUAAACGUGAAUUUCUUAUGAAAGUGGAACGAUCAAGCCGCCUGAUGGUUGGCAAAUUCGGCGCGGAUUAGUGCGAUCUUCACCCCCGCGUGCGUUCGAGCCCCUGCGCGUCCAGUCCGUCGCGAAAGUGAACGCACACGAGCCUUUCACAUCGCGCAGGUGACCAAAAUGUAAUAACACAGGCAACGAGACUCCUCCGCAAACAUGCAAAUCAGACCACUUUCAAAUGUUUGAUUCAUCUCUAUCCUUGGACCCUCGAAUUCGAACCAAGAGCCUCUCGAGGGCCGCCGAUUUCGGCAUGGCGGCGACCAAGCGGGCCUGGCAAUUGCAAAACUUCACGGCGCACGACGCGUAUGUGACCAGUUUGACGCUCGGGCGAAAGUCGACGGCGCUCCUCGCCACUGGCGGCGACGACAAAAAAAUCAACGUUUGGGCCAUCGGAAAACCGGAGUGCAUUUUGAGUUUGACUGGACUUUCGACUUCGCUGGAAUGCAUGCAAUUCGGAAUAACGGAGGAAACGAUUUGCGCGGGGUCGAAAGGCGGCGCGAUGAAGAUUUGGGACUUGGAGGCGGCCAAAGUGACGAGGACGCUCACCGGCCACAAGGCUGGCAUCAAAUGUCUCGAUCACCACCCGUACGGAGACUUCCUCGUCUCGGGCUCGUCUGACACGCACAUCAAAGUUUGGGAUAUUAGACGGAAAGGCUGUAUUUACACUUACAAAGGACAUGACAAAAAUGUCUCCUACUUGAAGUUCAGUCCUGACGGCCAGUGGGUUGCGUCGGCAGGCGAGGAUUCCGUCGUCAAGCUAUGGGAUAUUAGGACUGGCAAGUGCCUUGCGGUUUUCACUGAACACACGGCACCGGUGCUGACCGUUCAGUACCACCCCCACGAGUUCCUGCUGGCUUCGGGAAGUGCGGACAGAACGUCCAACUUCUGGGACCUCGAGCAUUUCUCGAUAGUCUCCACGUCCGACAAGGAUGCAGGCCCAAUUAGGAGUAUUUUGUUUUCCCCGAACGGCGAGUGCAUGUACGCCGCGUCUCAAGACUGUCUCCGCGUGCUGGGCUGGGAGCCGUCGCGGACGCUGGACAUUGUGCCGGUCGGCUGGGGCAAAGUGCAGGACAUGGUGAUCGCCCCCAACAACCACAUUCUGGCAGCCUCGUACUUCCAGUGCAACGUCUCCGUGCACAUGGUGGACCUGAACAGGCUCGCGCCGCUCAUCUCCGAGUCGCCGGACGCCGACGAGAAGCCCAUCGAGGCCGGCCCCUUCGUCAAGGGCUCGCCGACGCGGAAAAGUUUUAGCAAAGACAAAGUGCCGUUGAGGCUUAAAAUGGGCCUGAACGCGCCCAAGUCUCUCAUGGAGGAGUCGUCGUCCUCAUCGGGCUGUGGAGGAACCACGGACCAGGACGACUUUUCCGAGUUUGACGAGAAAGAUGCGUUCAAAGCAGCCAGAUCUUUGAUUCGCACUCCCCCGCCUGAACCUUUGCCAGAGCCUAAAGAAGACGAUGCGUCACUCUCGCCACAAAUAUUGCGGAAAUCGUUCUCGGCCGAGAGUGGAGGAGAAUCGCCCCCUGUAGUCACAAAACUUCCUCAACCCAAGUUUCAAAUCGGUUCGCCUGCGAGGAGAAAAAUGUCUGAAAAUGCAGUACUUAAUAAUAGAUUCCUGGAUACAAAUUUCGAAGUGCAAGUCGGCGGCAGGCUUCGGCACAGCCCUUCAGAGCCCACCCUGCACCAGCCCCCUCCCAGCAGCAAAGUGCCACCGUCCAUUCCGCCCUCGCAGCACAACAAGUCCAACAACCGGAGCCAACUUCCGCCCAAGGCGCGCGGCCACGACUUCUACAGCUCCACCAACGACUUGUCCCCGAGAAAGUCGCGCAACGAACCCACCCUGCGCAAGCCCCUGCUGCCCCUGGGCAAGAUCAAAACGGAGCGGUCGCCGCCGCCGCCGCUCCUGCCGCGCGGCUCCCCCCGAGACAAUGCCCGCAAAAUCCCGCGCAAGGCCAUGACUGUGCCCCAAUCGCCCGUCUCGGACACUUCCGACGACUCCUUCAGCAUGCUCAGUUUGUCCGAGAAGAAGCAUUCGUCGCUCGACUAUGUCCCGAUGCUGGCAGACAAACCAGCUGGCCUAGACAUGGGCGAUUUUCUUCCUACGGGUAGUUUUAGUCCGAGGUUUGGAGGCGGUCUUCAUCCGGAAAUGUCGGAGGCGGAAGGAAUUUCGAAUCUGCUGAGGGAGCACGACCAAAUGACCACCGUCUUGCGGUCCAGGUCGCAAAACCUGCAGAUCGUCUUCCAAACCUUAGCCAACAAAGACCUCAAGGCAGCUGUAGAUUGUGCAAUAGCCAUUCAAGAUCUUUCCCUGAUGGUCGAUCUCUUAAGUGUCAUCAGCUUAAGGCCACAACUCUGGAGUCUGGAUCUUUGUGCCCUAGUUUUGCCAACGAUCGGCACUUUGCUGCAGAGCAAAUACGAAACGUACAUGAACGCGGCGUGUUCGGCGCUGCGUCUGAUUCUGCGGAACUUUGGCUCGGUGAUCAAGAACAACUCGAGCGGCGGUUCGGCGAUCGGCGUGGACAUUUCGCGGGAGGAGCGGCGCGCCAAGAGCAAGAAGUGUCUGGACCACCUGGUGGCGAUCCACGCGCUGCUCCUCAAGAGGCAGACGCUGCAGGGCCCCCUCGGCAACACCUUCCGCGAGCUGCAGGCGCAAAUGGCCACCGCCCUCGACUUUUAAAAUUUAAUUUUCUACCGGCAAGACUUAUUAGCUUAAUUUUUGAGGCAACGACUUUUCCGAUCAACUUGCUUCGAGCAUUCCUAAAAAAACCACCAUUCCGAGAGGGAUGUGUUUUUUUUUUUAAAUUAAACUUUUUUCGUUUUAAAUUUUCGUCCUCCUUUAAUUUAUUUUUAAUUCUAAUACGAUUCCGAAAGAUUAACCAAAGCUGUAUUUUAAUCAAAGCUCUCUCACGUUUUUCAUUCCAAUCAAACUGAAAAUAAGCAAAUUCCUUAAACAAGGCAAUGGAUAUUAAUUUGGUGGUGUUUCCGAAAAAAAAAUUGAAUUAUUAGUUGGUAUUUUGUUUCCAUUACUUCCUAGCUAAAACAAAGAACUAAUAAUUCCAACUUGCCACUAAAUGAAGACUUGAGUUUUUGUGCGAAUUCGAGGAGAAAACUCCCGAGGAGUUGCAGCGCUUGGAUUCUUCUUGCUUUUGCAAAGAUUUGUAAUUCCACUUUGUAGUCUCUUGUUUUUUUAAUGUUAAGCGUUUAAUUUAUUUAAAAAUGGAACCAAAUAAUAAUUUUUAUUGUUAAUUCAGGUGAUAGUAGCUGAGUACAUAAAUAAUUGUUUUUAGUCUCCGAGGGCGUACUAAAAAUUUGAACUAAUUGUAAAACAAUUUAUAACUCAACAAAUUUAACCAAUGUUCCCUUAAUCAACAUGUCUCACAAAUAAUUUGUAAGAAAAAACCUGUGAUCUAACAAAAAAUCAUUUUUGCAUUGAGAACGUUUGUAAGAAAAUAAUUCAUCGAAAACUAAAAAUAAAUUUAAAAAAAGAGGCUUGGGAAAAGGUUCACAAAAGAAAUUAUGUCAGUUGAGCUGAAUUUUCCUUUUUAAAUUGGAACGCUUCCUGAGUCUCUGUCACUUUUCGUGUGAAACUGAAAAAAAACUCACAAAUUUCUCUCAUGUGUGCCGCAACUCAAGAUUUGAACUUCAAACAGCCCCAGUUGUUUUUCUGAUCCACUAAAAACAGAUCUCCGUCCAGUAAGUGGCUGCAUUGACUGUAGCUUAGCUUGUGGCCUUAAAACUCAGUAAAGUUUGAAAAUCACGUGAGGAAUUUAUUAAUAGUUUAAGUGAUUUGUUUUGCAAGAGUGUCUGACGAAUUGAAAAUUUAUUGGAUUUGGAAUACUAAAGCUAUGUUAAAGGAUGCAAUUGAAACAAAUCAAACUUCUUGAGAAUAAGCACACGUCGUCAAGUAAUAAAAUGUGGAAAAUAA